UCUGCCAGCUUAAAGAUGCUGAUCUCUUUUCACAGGAAGAUUGUGGAUAGAAUAGAUGACAACAAAGAUGGCUACAUCACAACAGAGGAAUUAAAAAACUGGAUUAAACGGGUACAGAAACGCUACAUCUAUGAGAAUGUGGCUAAAGUCUGGAAAGACUAUGAUCUAAACAAGGAUGAUAAAAUUGCCUGGGAAGAAUACAAACAAGCCACAUAUGGUUAUUAUCUAGAAAAUCCAGAAGAAUUCCAAGAUGCAACUGAUCAGCACAGUUUUAAGAAAAUGCUGCCCAGAGAUGAAAGACGAUUCAAAACUGCAGAUCUGGAUGGAGACUUGGCUGCCACUCGUGAAGAAUUCACUGCUUUCCUUCACCCAGAGGAGUUUGAGCACAUGAAAAACAUUGUUGUCUUAGAAACCUUAGAAGACAUAGACAAAAAUGAGGAUGGUUUUGUGGAUCAAGAUGAGUACAUUGCGGAUAUGUUUGCAAAUGAAGAGGGCGGACCAGAGCCUGACUGGGUGAUUACAGAGCGUGAGCAGUUUUCAGAUUUUCGUGAUCUCAACAAGGAUGGAAAGAUGGACAAAGAUGAGAUCCAGCACUGGAUCCUCCCCCAGGACUAUGAUCAUGCACUAGCUGAAGCCAGGCACUUAGUCUAUGAAUCUGAUGUAGACAAGGAUCAAAAACUAACAAAAGAGGAAAUUCUGGACAACUGGAAUAUGUUUGUUGGAAGUCAAGCUACUAAUUAUGGGGAAGACCUCACGAGAAACCAUGAUGAACUAUGAUACAAUGUGCCAGCCAGUGUGCCACACAUCUUCUGUCCACUUUACUGAAAUCACUGUGUCCAUCUCCUCUUAGAGGGAAGAUGGGCAAGGGACACUCACAUCUGAAUGACUUGCAUUAAUACUAUUUUUAACAUGCCAGCUUAUUACCUCAGAAACCACAUAGAAAUAGCUUUCUUACUCCUUUCACGUGGUUAAAUACAGUAUAUAAUUACUACAGGGUUUUUUUGAAAAAAUAAGAAGGUAACUUUUCUGAAUAGGUUAGAGCCUGACAUGGAAAGGGCACUUCUAAAAAUAUUACAAAGAGCUUUAAUAGCCAAUUAUUUUCUUCAAAUACCCACUUUUACCAUAGUGGAAUGCACCUAGGAUUAGAACCCUAAUGUUAAACAGACUUAAGUUAUUUAGUUGUCUUUUCUAAUAGCAUUGUAACAGUUCAGAGAUAACCCUUUGAGCCUCCUACCCAGAGAAGAGUUUGAUACCAGCUUUGUCUCCACACAGUUUCUGUGUCCCACUUGGGUCAGUGGUGCUGCAGGAGUGCCCAGCAGCCCCCUGGCUCCUGCUUUAAUGUGCAAGAUGCAGGUGGCCCUUGUCCCUGACCCCGGCAUUCCCAGCCAGGGAUGCAGAGUCCAGCGUGGCAGCUGCUCCUGACAACAGGGAAACGUGCAACUGUUUGUGGGCCCUUGGCUUUGCUGCUUCCUGGGAGGAAUUGUGCCACAUGGAGCAUAAUUUAUCUCCUGCUUUUCACACUUUACCCAAGCCCUACUCUUGUUCACGCAGUGUGAAUGGCAGCAGUUCUGUGAUGGAGAAAGAAUGAGACAUAUCACCCCUCUGGGCCUUCUGUCUCCUCUGCCACAUAAGAGGACAGAUUUUUGUGGCUGAAGUUCUGGGUUUGUGUGUAUAUACAUAUAAGUACAUGUUACUGAAGCAACUCUAAAGACAGCUCUCCUUCCAAAAAAGGGGGGAAGCUUCUACACAGGUGCUUUCUUUUUUACUGUAUAAUGUGAGUUGUUACAUGUAUAUUUUUAUAUACACAGCUUAGAUCUAAGUUUGGUUAUUUUUAAAUGUACUGGUUUUGAAAUAAGCACAAUAAAACCAAUACUUCUUUUUGAUACUGUGAAGGUGCAAUAACACUAACAUAGAAUAGCAGAGACAUGAUGUGAAAACACAAAUCAUGCCAGUAGUUCCCAAAGCACUGGGGUGGUCAUUUCCAAGAGCAUCUGGGCAUACAGCACCAACUGUUCUUUGUUGCCUCAUUAAAUAAAAUAAAAACCAAAAAGAAGUGCAGUAUACAUAGUUGCUGUAACUAGAAUUUGUUCUGGAUGUUAAAACUGGGAGAUGAGGACUCCACAGCAGCGUUUUCUGGGAGGUUCCUGGAAGGUCUGGUGUAAACAUCACACCCUGGUCCCAUAACCAUCCAGAGGGGAGCUUCGAGACUCCCAGGAUGUGAGACACUUCAGGAGUUCAACACGUUUGUGAAAAUCAUCAGGAGACAGUGCAGAACUGUAACCUCUGUAAACAGUGUCAUUUUUAUAAGGUCAUGGAACUGUGGUGGAAUAUUUUACAUCUUAGAGUUGAAGAUAAUUAGAUUGCUGAGUCUGACAGAGAUUACAUGUGCUUGCUGGCACCACUAUUAAGCUUUUGGGGUGCACUUCUUAUGACAUUGCCAGCAAUGUCUGAAAAAUCCCUACUUCUCCCACUAACAUGGAGUAGGGCAAAUGUCAUAAAAGUGAACUGGUUUUGCUUUUACAGUACCCUCAAGUUAAAUAAAAGCCUAAAUGCAGUGUUA